ACUUCUCUGCAGCGCACCUGCCGUGCACGCAAAAGCAACGACCCUAACCCUCCAUUUCUUCCUCCUCUCCUCUCCUCUCCUCUCCUGGUUAAUAAACAGAGCAGGGCAGGAAGAGAAGAACCAAUAGGUUGAACUCUGUGCUCAGCAGGCGCGCGCUUCUGAACCUCCUUCUCCUUCCACUCUGUUUUCCCUUCCGAAACUACUUAAUUCAGGCAAGGCAUGGACUCGCUGCUGUCCUUGAGCCAUUCCUCCAUUUGCUGGCCCUGCAGCGUCACCAGCUCCGACCGCUCCAAUCCUGCUUUGCUUUCCGGCGGAAGGCCUGUAAUUCGAUCUUCCGGACUGAAGCCCUCGAAAGGUCGUAGGUUCCCGCCCUCGCGGGCUUCCCAAUCUCACGACUACCACGCCGUCCACGGCGAUGUGAGCCUCCGAGACGUGCCCAAGAAGGCAGAGGGAGCGGCAAAGGUCCUGAUACCGAGCUUGCCGGAGGAGGCCGAUCGCAGCGCGAGUUCGUCUCCGAUCAGCAGCUCCUUCUGGGAGUGGAAACCCAACAUCGCGGUCCACUACGAGAGAUCUGGGUCUCACAACACCGGCGCCCCCGCGGUGCUCUUCCUCCCCGGCUUCGGCGUCGGAUCCUUCCACUUCGAGAAGCAGUUGAAGGACCUCGGCCAAGAUUACCGCGUCUGGGCGCUGGAUUUCGUAGGGCAAGGCAAGUCCUUGCCGUCCCAAGACCCUGCUCCUGCUCUCGCCCACGAACAAGACGACGACGGCGAUACUCCACUAUUCUGGGGAUUCGGAGAAGAGCCAGAGCCAUGGGCGAGGGAGCUUGUAUACUCGGUGGACCUUUGGCGAGACCAGGUUCGGCAUUUCGUCGAACAGGUGAUCGGCGAACCAGUAUACCUCGUCGGCAACUCUCUCGGCGGCUACGUGGCCCUGUACCUUGCAGCAUCCUUCCCUGAACUAGUGAAGGGAGUGACCUUGCUGAAUGCGACGCCAUUUUGGGGAUUCCUUCCCAAUCCAAUCAGAUCUCCGAGGUUGUUCAAGCUGUUCCCAUGGAGCGGCACAUUCCCUCUGCCCUCAGGCGUGAGAAGACUCACCGAACUGGUGUGGCAGAAGAUAAGCGACCCCAAGAGCAUACGCGACAUACUGAAGCAAGUCUACAGUGACCAUUCGGUAAAGAUCGACAAAGUGUUCUCCCAAAUAAUCGAAGUGACUGAACACCCUGCAGCAGCUGCGGCCUUCGCUUCGAUCAUGUUUGCGCCCGGAGGGCAGUUGUCCUUUCAGGAGUCCUUGGGCAGGUGCGCAGUCAGUGGAGUUCCAAUUUGUCUCAUGUACGGAAGGGAAGAUCCAUGGGUGAGACCCAUUUGGGGGCUUAAAGUAAAGCAACAGUUGCCAGAGGUGCCUUACUAUGAGAUUACACCGGCAGGCCACUGCCCGCACGAUGAGGUUCCGGAGGUGGUGAACUACUUGUUGAGAGGGUGGAUCAGGAACCUCGACUCUCAGGGUUCUGUCGCGCUGCCGCUCGUGGAGCCUGAGUACGAAGGACGAGGAUUUUCGAAAGAGCUGGAGUAUAUCAAAGAGGGAUCGCGAAAGUCGAUUCGGGUGCGGUUCUGCGGAUCGGAAGUCUCUUCCUUCUCCACCUUGCUGAAGGUGUUGGGUCUAGUCUCCAAAUGAAUUAGUAGACUCCUACUCUCCAAGGUGGUUUAGGGCUGUAAGAUGAUUAUGUAUGUCUAUACACACAUCUAACAGUUAUCUCAUUAAGAGCAUCCGUAAUGUUUUUAACGGGAAUUGCAUUAAUAC